AUGGAUUCUUCGAAGCUCCCUGAAAAGAAUACUAACCUUUCUGAAUUGCUGGACCUAGCUCUUGGAACACCAGAUCCUGGGUCGGUCAACUUCGGCAUCCUGUAUAUAAUUUUAUCGCACAUAAUUAAACAUCUUGAGCUCAGCGAUGUGGAGCCUUGCGAAGAAAAAAAUUUAAGUGAAUUAUACGCACAGAGCGAAGCCAAAUUUCCAGGUUCUGGAACAGACCAAAAUAUAUACCAUGGAAUUCAAAAAAGAUUAUUAAAUGUUGAAUCUCAAUUGGAAUUAUUGAAUUCUUUGCCAAAUAAUCUAGAAAUUAUUGGUUUAUUGAAUAAUAAUAAAACUGAUCCUACUACUACUACUAAUACUACUGCUAAUGAUCAUGAUAAUCAGAAUGAUACAGAUGAAAAUAAAAUUAAAUCGAAAAAAAUUGAACAUUCACUUGAUCCUACUACUGCUACAACUGAUGAACAUAGAAUAGUGAGCCAAUUAUGGCAAUCUGUGCAAACUAAUAAACGUUUAGAUGCUACCGAAGAAGGUCUUCAUCGAUUAAGCUCUUUGACAGACGAUCUAUUGGAACAGAUCAAGAAAUUUGCCGAACAAAAUAAAGCAUUGAAAGCUGAGCUUGAAGAAGCAUUAGAAAAUUCAUCAUUAAAAGAAAAACUGGCGCAAUUAACAGAAAAAUUAGGUGAAAUUGAAAGAAAUCAAAAUGAAGAUGCAGAUCGUUUACAAAAUGCUGUACAUAGAGAUGCAUUACGUAGUUCAGUUUAUUGGCAAGCAUUGGGUAAAUCAAUUACUGGUGUAGAAUGUUCCACUCCUUGUAUGAUGAUGGAUGAUAAUAAAUCACAAAGAUCUAAUUCAAUUAUUCAAGAAGGUAGUGUUGGUGGUAGUAAUGCUGACAAGACAGCAUCAGGAGCAAGAGCAUCAACAGUGUCGGCAGUAUCCGUUGCAUCAGUAACAUCAACAGGAGGACGAAGAGAUGAAUCAUCAAGUGGUUUAAUGAAAUCGUUACCAGAAGAAUAUACUGAAUGUCCAGAUCCUCAACUAUCAUCAACACUUCGAAAACUUGGCAAUGUAGCUUCGUCAUUUGAUUCUGUAGUUAGUCGAAUUGAACAACUUGAAAUUGCUGUUCAACAACAAGACACAUUUUCAGAUAAGAUGUCCAUUCGACAACAAGAUGAAAUGUCAGAUAAGAUGUCCCUUCGACAACAAGAUGAAAUGUCAGAUAAGAUGUCCUUUCAACAAGAUGAAAUUUCAGACAAGGUUUCCCUUGAACGACAAGGUACCAUUUCAGAUAAGGUCUCCUCUAUUCGACAACAAGAUACAAGUACAGAUAAGGUUGCCCUACAACGACAAGGUACCAUUUCAGAUAAGGUCUCCUCUAUUCGACAACAAGAUACAAGUACAGAUAAGGUCUCCUCUAUUCGACAACAAGAUACAAGUACAGAUAAGAUGUCGUCUCUUCAACGACAAAGUACAACUUCAGAUAAGAUGUCUGCACGACAACAAGAUACAACUACAGAUAAGAUGUCUGCACGACAACAAGAUACAACUGCAGAUAAGACGUCCGUCCGACGACAAGCUACAAUGUCCGAUAAGGAUUUGAUCGAACAAAAAGCUGAUCGUAGCGAUUUAAUCAGUAUCAUGGGUACAUCAGCUGAAUUGUCCGAGAAAGUUUCCAAUUUAGAAGCUAGUGUGAAAGAAUUAUCCAAAGAAAGAGAAAAGAUUUAUGUGGACGGUACAACAUCACCUCAUAUGCCUUAUCCAUCUGAUAAUAAGAAAUUGAUUAAAAAAUUACAAGAUACCAUGUCAGUAUUACAAGAACAAAUUAAUCAGCAACAUGAUACAGUGACUGAUGUCAAGACACAAUUUAAAAAACUACAUGAAACUGUUGUGGAUGUGAAACAAUUUGCAAAUGAUUUGGAAUCGCGUAAAGCCGAUGCAACUUAUAUUGAUGAGCAAUUAGAUAAGAAAUAUGAUCGUGAAGAGGCGAAAAGUUUCAUUAAUCGAACAGAAUUCGAAAGUACAAAUCGUGUACUUGAAAAAUUAGCUGAAGAUCUAUUUACAAAAUUAGCUACAGCGGAAACUGAAUUAAAAUCAUCGCUGAAUGAUUUACAAGGAUUAAUGGAAGGUAAAUUAGAUCGUGAUGAAAUGGAACAAUUUCGUGAAUGGUUACAAAAACGUUUCAAAUCAAUCAAUAAACAAUUAAAUCCAUAUACACAAGAAACCGCAGGAGUUGGACAAACAGCAGAUGAUGCUGCUGGUUUAAAACGUGCCUAUACACAACAUUAUCAUUGUAUCUCAUGUGAUCGUCCAUUGGAUGUUGCAUUAAAUCAAGACCGAUCUAACAAAACUUUUUAUAUCGAUCCACCAUUUAAACGAACAAGUAAUAAUUAUUACGAUGUUUAUGGUGGUACACCACGUCCUUGUGGUGGACAAUACACAGCUGUUUCAUCAUCAACAACAUCUAAAAAGAAACCACAUGUUACACAAUGUAAAAGGGAAACUCUUAGUAUACAAGGAAUGGAUGGACAUAUUUAUCGUGGUUCACCGGUACAUGAAAUUCAACAGUCAACAAAUAAUAAUACUGAUCUUAUGUCAACAAUGAAAGAUGAUGAGAAUUUUGACAAAGAUAAUGAACGAAACAAAAAAUUACCGCCAGUUUCAAUUAUAAAUCGUUCUGUCAAAACUGUUACAACAACUAGUAAACAACCUCAAGUUGCUUAUAAAUAUAUUGGUACAGAGAGACGUGAAAAAAGUCAAUCACCACAACGUAUAAAACGUGUUAAUUCGGAUGAAUUACAAUUUCGACGAUCAAUACAAUUAUUACCACCAGCAUCACAUCAACGUAUACGUAAAAUUCAACCUGUUCAACCAAAUACAAGUAAAUUAUUGAAUGAACAUGUUGUUGUUAGAACAAAUGGUUAUGCUGUAAUUUAUGUACCAAAUAGUGAAACCAUUGAACAAGAAACUGUAGAGCUUAAAACAGAGAAUGGUUGGGUUAAUGAAAAAGCAAACAAUGAAUGUUCCUCACCAGUUUAUGAAGAAAAGCAUAGUUCAACUUAUCCAAGUCCAGUUUCAAACCACAAUGAUGAUGAUGAUGAUGGCGGUGAUGGUGAUGAUGACGGAGAAAUGGAAAUCGAUUUAGUUACAAUAAAACAAUCUUCACCAGAUGUGAAUAGUACAGUAGAAGAUAUCUCGAACUAG